AGUUUCUAACUGAGGGCGGAGAGAGUUUGCUGGAUUUCUCCACAGUUACUUGCAAGAAAUCUCGGGCAGCAGACCUUCGCAUUCCCUGAGGGAAAUAACAAGGAUGAAGGUUGAUAUUCAUAAUCACAUUUUACCAAAGGAAUGGCCCGAUUUGAAGCAGAGAUAUGGAUAUGGUGGGUUUGUCCAGCUUCACCAUCACUGCAAGGGUGAAGCAAAGAUGAUGAAGGAUGGGAAUUUGUUUCGAGUGAUUGAAGAAAACUGCUGGGAUGCAAACGCACGUAUACGAGACAUGGAUCAGCAUGGUGUCACAGUCCAAGCCCUUUCUACUGUUCCUGUGAUGUUCAGUUACUGGGCCAAACCUCAUGACACAUUGGAUCUCUGUGGCCUUUUAAAUGACGAUUUGGCCCAGACAGUGAGUAGCCACCCCAAGAGGUUUGUGGGCCUGGGAACGCUGCCCAUGCAAGCCCCUGACUUGGCUGUGCUGGAAAUGAGGCGCUGCGUAAAGGAACUGGGCUUCCCUGGGGUGCAGAUUGGCUCACAUAUAAACAACUGGGACCUCAACGCUGCUGAACUCCAUCCUUUCUAUGCUGCAGCUGAGGAGCUUGGCUGCUCCAUAUUUGUCCACCCCUGGGACAUGCAGACGGAUGGGAGAAUGGCUAAGUAUUGGCUACCCUGGCUGGUGGGCAUGCCGUCAGAGACAACCAUGGCUAUUUGCUCAAUGAUAUUUGGAGGUGUCCUGGAGAGAUUCCCUAAACUGAAAGUCUGCUUUGCUCAUGGAGGUGGCUCCUUCCCAUUCACCAUUGGUAGAAUUGAACAUGGCCACAAUGUUCGUCCUGACCUGUGUGCUGUGGACAACGAGAUCAAUCCACGGAAAUACCUUGGUUCUUUCUACACUGACUCCCUAGUACAUGAUCCCAUCGCCCUGAAGCUGCUUAUUGAUGUUAUUGGAAAAGACAAAGUGAUGCUGGGAACAGACUAUCCAUUCCCACUGGGUGAGCUGCAGCCUGGAUCCCUGAUUGAAUCAAUGGAUGAAUUUGAUGACAAACUCAAGGAUAAACUGCUUGUUGGAAAUGCACUGGAAUUUUUGGGCCUGAAACGAGAACAAUUCGAGUGACAUGGAAAUCUGAGAUUUGACUGCUUCACCCAAGUGCAAAUUUGGAUUUCAUUUUGGAUUUGUUUGUAUAGUUGAUUUAAUUAAGUAUUGUUGUUUGAUGUAAUUAUAUAAUUAAAUAUUUAACUGCCAA